AUGGCAGAUUCCGCCAUUAAGCUUACAGUCAAAUUCGGAGGCAAAUCAAUACCAAUUUCGGUAUCAGCAGAUGUUACAGUGAAAGACCUUAAGUCUCUUCUCCAACCCAUCACCAACGUUCUUCCUCGUGGUCAAAAGCUUAUCUUCAAAGGUAAGGUUUUGGUUGAGACUUCGACUUUGAAGCAAUCUGCGGUUGGUGAUGGAGCGAAAAUCAUGUUAAUGGCUUCUCAAGGUCUGCAUCAAGGGGAAGGUCCAGUGCUUAAGGAAGCUAGUACAAGGCCAAUCUCUAGAACUCUUGUGUCUGAUAAAGUAGAUCAGAGAAAACCUGGUCUCAUUGUAGAUAAGAACCGCACUGAUCGAUGGAAAGCCACGGGAGUUAUUGCCUUAGCUCAAGCCAAUUUGAAGGAAAUACCGGAAGAAGUGUGGGACUGCGGAUCCAAAGCCAGAGUACUUGACAUCAGUGAAAACUUCAUUGAACAAGUACCUGCCCGAAUCAGCUCUUUCGGUUCUAUGCAGAAACUGUUCCUUCAUGGAAAUGGUCUGUCCGAUGAAUCCAUUCAAUGGGAAGGGAUAGCGUCUCUGAAGCGUCUGAUGCUUCUGUCCAUUAGCCACAACAAUCUAACUGUUCUGCCAUCAGCAGUGGGCUCACUGGCGUCUCUUAGACAGCUUGAUGUCUCCAACAACAAGUUGACAAAUCUACCGAAUGAGAUAGGACUUCUUACGCAGCUCGAGAUCUUGAAAGCCAACAAUAACAGAAUAACUAACCUUCCUGAGAGUAUCGGAAACUGUACCUUCCUCAUGGAGGUUGAUCUUUCAGCGAAUAUUCUAUCGGAACUGCCAGAGACAUUCACCAAAAUGCGUAAUCUGAAGACACUCGAGCUGAACAACACGGGAUUGAAGAUGCUUCCAUCGGGUUUAUUCAAGAUGUGUUUGCAGCUGUCAACCUUAGGACUCCACAACACAGAGAUAACCGUUGAAUUUCUCCGCCAGUUGGAAGGAUGGGAUGACUUUGAUGAAAGACGAUGUACCAAGCAUCAGAAGCAGCUUGAUUUUCGAGUUGUUGGGUCUGGCGAAUUCGACGAAGGCGCUGAUAAGUCUUGGUGA